ACAAAGACAUACUACGUUCAUACGUUGAGAUAAACGAACUUACUUUCGUCGCUAACGAACGUGUUGUUAAACAUUAUUUUUUUACGAUGAGAGUUGUGGAAAGACUUAUUUUUAAAUGUAUUAAAGUUUCGAAAUUUAUAGCAACACCUAAGCAAUGUAUAUUAAAUGCUAAGUAUUCAACAAAGUGCGAUGGAUUGCUUAGCGAUAUUAACGUCCUAGAUUUAACCAGAGUCGUUGCGGGACCUUUUUGUACUAUGACCCUAGGUGAUUUAGGCGCGAACGUUAUUAAAGUUGAAAGCCUAGAUGGUGAUGAGGCUAGAAAAUGGGGUCCUCCUUUUAUUGAAGGCUCUAAGGAUUCAUAUUACUUUAUGGCCAUAAACAGGAAUAAAAAAAGUAUUUGCAUUGAUUUAAAAACUCUGGAAGGUAAGCAGGUUGUCUAUGAUCUAGCCAGAAAAUGUGAUGUAGUUGUGGAAAAUUUUCUCCCUGGAAAACUAGAUAAGCUCGGAGUUGGCUAUGAAAAACUAAGUGUCAUUAAUCCAAAGUUAAUAUACUGUGCAAUCACAGGGUUCGGUCCUGUUGGACCUUAUUCUAGGAAACCAGGCUAUGAUGUUGUUAUAUCAGCUAUGGGGGGCAUGUUGAACGCGACGGGCGAAAGGAAUGGCAAUCCAGUUAAGCCAGGAGUUGCUAUUACCGAUGUAACAACAGGACUUCAUGCUUUUGGAGCAAUCAUGACCGCGUUAUACUAUAGAAACAAGACUGGUCGAGGCCAAAAAAUAGACUGUGAUCUUCUAUCCACUCAAAUAUCAAGUAUGAUCAACGUCGCUAAUAUAUACUUGAACUGCGGUAUUGAGGGACAGAGAUGGGGCACAGCACAUGCUAAUCUGGUCCCCUACCAAGCAUUCAAAACCAAAGAUGGUUUCAUAGUAAUCGGUACAGGUUCAAACGCACAAUUCAUUGAUUUUUGCAAAUUAAUCAACAGAGAAGACUUGAUCACCGAUGAACGUUUCAAAGAUAACGCGUCAAGAGUCAAACAUCGUGACGAAAUCGUAAAGAUUAUCAGUGAGAUAAUUGUUACUAAGACAAAGAAAGAAUGGUCGUUAAUAUUCAAAAACGCCUCGUUCCCGAACGGCCCUGUCAAUAAUAUGGGUGACGUGUUUAGCGAUGAACAUGUCAAAGAAAUUGGUUUGGUCAAGGAAUUGCCGCAUGAAGUUGCAGGGACUAUUAAAAUGGUUGGUCCUCCAACUCUAUACUCAGAAGGCGGGAAUAUGGCAAGGACGGCACCACCAACUUUGGGUCAGCAUACAAGAGACGUUCUAUCUGAUUUCUUGGGUUAUCAUAACAAGAAGAUCGAUGGAUUGUUUGAAAAUAAGAUUGUUCUAUAAAUUCAAUUGUAAAAUUUUACAAUAAAAUACAUGUUUCGUGUAAUCCAGGAGUCAGUGGAGCGCGUGGCGGUGAUCACGCUCCGGCCGUCGCGGAAUCAACAGCGGAAGAAGGUCGUCUGGACUGACGACACCAUCGACAAUGAGAAUAUGAACAAGAAGAAAUCCAAAUGCUGUUGUAUAUACGAGAAGCCGCAUCGCUUCGACGAGUCCGACUCCGAAGACAGCGACGACGAAUGUGAGCACUGCUUUGGGCACGUCGAGCGAAAGCACAAGAAGCACCACACGGGCACAGUGACAACAACAGAAAUACAGGAGACUGUGGAGCAAACAGCAUCAAUAACGCUCCAGCCGAGCGAGCCUGCGCCCGCGCCGCCCGACAGGCCGCCAGCGAGCACAUAAAACAUGCAAAACAUACUAAUAAAUAUUAUCACAUUACAAACGGUUAUUUAAUGAAAAUAUACAUUUAUUAUAUUCAAUAAAUUGUUAAUGUAUUCAUUACUGGAAUCGUUAUAAAUAUUGGUAAUAUGAAUAUCUGCCAUUAUAUAAUAUAAACGAAAGGUUAAUGUGAGCGACAUUCACGGAAACUGAAAAAAGAUUCACGUUCAUAGUUUUCCCCAUCAUAAUGUAUAGUGCAUUUAUUGAUAUAUCUCGUUAACUAAUUAAAAUAAUAAAGACGUACGUAGUAACCGAGUGGAUUAAACGUUUUGAAAGUAUUCUUUGGUUGUGAGAGUUUGAAGGAAUUGAUGUUAUAUUAAAACUUAAUUUUUCAUUAUUUUUAAUAGCAACACUUUAAUUUAGCGUUAAAAUAUUUUAGAUAAGUAUCCGAGUGUUGACGAAUAUCGUUGAAGCAGUUUAGUUAAAAAUGCUUUUUUGAUAUUUUUAAUCAAAUUCUUGUAAAAAUAUUUUAUAUGUAUUACUUUCUCCCAAGAGGCAACCCUAUUCGUGACAAGUAUCCGCGUGGGCACUGCGCCGGCGUUUAGCGCGUCCCUGGGCGGAGGUCUAAGACUCCAUAUAAAUAUUUGAGCAAUCUUGACCUCCGAAAGCUGGCAGAGGGGACAUCAAGCGGUUUGCAUCCUACCAAACUUUAAAACGCCCGGCAUUGGUAAUGCGUUAUAAUGACGUGUCUGUGCUAUUCAUUUUAAAAUAACCGUCUUUUUUUUCAAAGUUCUUCGGGUAAUGAUGUAACUAUAUUUUGUAAAUUUUACAAAAAUAUAUUUAUUAUUAAGUAAUUUUUAAAUGGCAACAUAUAUAACAGUUUAGUAAUGUUACUUAUAUAUUGUUACUGGUAAUUUAAAACUUAAUCAUUCAUAGAUGUCGAGGAUUGUACACGCAGUUGAUUACGGCGCUAGAUUGUCUAUGAAUACUGUGUACCUUUGUUAUCAUGUACUGGUGUUCCAACAGUUUUAUAGUAUUUCGGUCCCUAAUAGUUAAACAUACAUACUUAAUUAUUUUUAAGUUCAAAUAUUAAAUAAAUAUAUGAAAUGA